UGAUGUGUCAUUGAUUAUAAUUUAACCAUAAAAAGUGCGUUUUGAGUUCGGUUGAAGAGCCUAUCUAAUUCCAUCUAUACAUCAUUUUAGUUUGAUAUAACGUUUAAUAUAAAGUGUACAAUUUACAAAUUUAUAUUUUAUUCCUAGUUAUUUUUUCUCCAUCUGCACUGAUUUAUUAAAUUUUAUAUUCCUUGAAAAUGCUCAUCAAAGUAAAGACUUUAACAGGAAAAGAGAUUGAAAUUGACAUUGAACCUACAGAUAAGGUUGAGAGGAUAAAGGAACGAGUGGAAGAGAAGGAAGGAAUCCCACCUCAGCAGCAGCGUCUCAUUUUCUCUGGCAAACAAAUGAAUGAUGAGAAGACAGCACAAGACUACAAGGUGCAGGGAGGAUCGGUGCUACAUCUUGUACUUGCCCUCCGAGGAGGCUCGACGGCCGGUCUGUGAUCAUUCCCUCAUCAUGUUCACCUCAUAUUUAACGAAACAUGUGAUGUUAAUUGAGCCUGGAUCCUACACGGUCAAGUUCUCAAACCGUUUAUUCUAUUCGUUUGUAUAAUUUUAUUAAACGUGUACAAUUAAGUAA